UGCUGUACUUAAGCACCACACCCUAUCCUGUCCUGGAUCAUAACGGAGCUGCUGCUCGCUGACUCACUGCCUCUGCAUCUGUUAAAGGACGACUCAACAUGGCGAUGGUCUCUGAGUUCCUGGGUCAGCUGACACUUUCGUACGGAGCAGAGGUGGAGCCUAAAUUCCCCACCGUGGUGCCGGAACGAGACUUUGACCCGAGCAAAGACGCCACAAGGAUUGAGACAGCCAUCAAGACAAAAGGAGUAGACGAGCAGACCGUCAUCGAUAUUCUGACCCGACGCAGCACAGAGCAGCGCAGGGAGAUCGCCUUUGAGUACGAACGCAUCGCCAAGAAGGAUCUGAUGACGGCCCUGAAGGGGGCACUGUCCGGCCCUCUUGAAGCUCUGAUGUUGGGUUUGAUGAAGAGCACCGCUCAGUAUGACGCCUCCGAGCUCAAGGCCUCCAUGAAGGGACUUGGGACGGACGAGGAAGCUCUCAUUGAGAUUGUCUGCUCUAGAAACAACAAAGAACUGGAGGAGAUCAAGAAGGUUUACAAAGACAUGUUUAAGAAAGAUGUGGAGAAAGACAUAGCAGGAGACACAUCGGGAGAUUUCGCCAAACUGCUGCUGGCCCUGGUUCAGACAAAGAGAGAUGAACCUUCUAAUGUGGUCGACUAUGAGGAGAUUGACGAGGACGCCAGAUCUCUGUAUGAAGCUGGCGUGAAGAGGAAGGGAACUGACGUAGCUACCUGGAUCUCUAUCAUGUCUCAGAGAAGUGUCCCCCACCUGCAGAAAGUGUUCGAGAGGUAUAAGAGCUACAGUCCGUACGACAUUAAGGAGAGCAUCAGGAAGGAGGUGAAAGGAGACAUGGAGAAGUCCUUCCUUGCGCUGGUGGAGUGCUUUGAGAACAGACAGCUGUACUUCGCCAACAAACUCAAUGAUGCAAUGAAGGGUAAAGGAGCAAAGGAGAAGGUAGUGACCAGGAUCAUGGUCUCUCGCUGUGAGGUGGACCUCAUGAAGAUCAGAACAGAGUUCAAGAAGCAGCACAAAAGAUCUUUGUACCAGAUCAUCGCUGAGCACACUAAAGGAGACUACCAGAAUGCUCUUCUCAGCCUGUGCGGAGGAGACGACUGAAACCUCAUCUCUCUGGACUCUGAAGUUUCCCAGAAUACCUCUGGAUUUGUGAUUGGAUGACUGCAGUACUACUGCUUUUUGGUGUUUUCUUCUACAUUAAAGAAAUCAGCUGAAUCCCUCUAAGCAGCUUCAAGUGGAGAAAUAAAAACCAUCACCUGAU